AUGUGGCCUGUGAUCGUGCAGUUUAUCCGUGUAUACUCUCCAUACAUUGCACUGCCGUUUGCUGCAGUGGUUGGCUUUGUCGGCUUCAAUCUAGAAUCCAAAAUUCGCGGUGAGGAGCGCCUUUCAAGUCGGUCUGCCACGCCAACAAAAACCUUCGACCAGGCGCGUCUUGAACGUCGUCUUGAUGGCACCUCCGGCGAAGAGGACGUCCCAAAGGACUGGGAAGACGUCAUUAACGCGCCGAAAUUGCAAUACCGAAGUGAUCCCAUGUUCGACAAGAAUAAGUAG